AUGCCACUUCCCAGGCUCCGCACAGCUCCCAUUCGGCGCAUACACAACUACCCCAGCCCACGACGGAGGCAAUUUCACACUACGCCCUGUCUGCAGAAUGCGGCUCGUCCCUCACAAGAUGAAAUCGCACGUGCCCGAGCAUACUGCGCAAACCUAGUCAGAACAUACGAUGCGCCCUCACACAUCCUCCAAACCUUCAUACCACAAUCCUCCCGAGAUGCCUACCUCGCUAUCCGCGCCUUCAACGUCGAUGUCGCUCGUGUCGCCGAUACGACCAGUACACCCACAAUUGGCAUGAUGCGCAUGCAGUUCUGGAGAGAUACUGUUACCAAGGCAUUAGCUGGCACGCCACCGAAAGAGCCAGUUGCCAUUCUCUUAGCACAAGCGGCUGAGGAUUUACACGAGCGAUCUGAUGGAAAGGCACGGCUAAGCAAGAACUGGUUCCAUCGCAUCAUCAAUACAAGAGAACAGUACCUAGGCAAUCCACCAUACCCCACCUUGACCGCACUGGAGAGCUACGCGGAGAACACAUACUCAACAAUGCUAUAUCUGACGUUGUCGGCACUCCCUCAAGCUUCCCUUACCACAGACCACAUUGCAUCGCACAUCGGCAAGGCCAUGGGUAUCGCUGCUGUACUACGCGGCAUCCCACUCAUCGCCUUCCCUCCACAACAGCCACUAGGUACAAGUAACUCUAUGACAGGCCAAUCUGGCCCCACCCAAGGCGCCGUACUUCUUCCCCUCGACGUAAUGGCUGAAGCCAACGUCCGCGAAGAAGACGUCUUCCGACAAGGCGCAUCUGCUCCCGGUCUGCGCGACGCCAUCUUCACAGUUGCAACACGCGCAAACGAUCAUCUCAUCACUGCGCGCGAGAUGCUUUCGAAACUACGAUCAGAGGGUACCCUUGGCCAUGACUUUGAACACCAGAAUGAGGAAGAUCAUCAAUAUAGUGUGCAGCAGAUGAAUACAGGGCAGGAGGCGCAGUUGGCGGAGGUGGAACAAGCCUUUGGGGUUUUUAUGCCGAGUAUCGCGACGCAGAGUUGGUUGGAUAGGUUACAGGGCGUAGACUUUGACAUCUUUGAUGCGAGUCUUAGAAAGGUGGAUUGGAAGUUGCCCAUGAAGGCUUAUUGGGCGUAUAGUCGACGGAAGAUAUAA